ACCAUUUCCCUGUCAGCUGACACUAAUACAUUUCCUGAACACCAUCGCUCAGGUUUUGAAGUAAAAUAGAAACAAAAUCGUGUGGUUCGUCCGUACUAACGUUACCAAAGAUAAAGAUUAACAAUACCAUACACGAAGACCAUAAUACCGCAGCAAAAUAAGGACUGGACACAUAAUCGGGUUUAAAGGGAAGUCCGACUUCUCUUUUCAAUGUUUUUGCUUAGCUAGCUAACGUUAGUGUUUACUGGGCGGAAGCUGGUUUGUUUUGGUUAAAUAUUUAACUUAUACAGUAAUCGGGCAUUUUCAGGCUUGACUGGGUUUAAAUCCCAGGCACACAAACUUGCUAGUCAGUGGUUUUGAUUGCACUGUUGAGAUAAACCUGAGAUCUGAGGCCAAACCAGAACCAAGAUGUCAAAAUACACCACUUUUCCUGACGCAACAGAUGAUCACAAUCCAUUUCAGGAUCCAUCAGUGACUCAGCAUAGCAGUAACACUGGCUUCGCCACUCUGGACCUUUAUAACCCAUUUGACAAUAGCACGGCUGGGCCUCCGCCCCCUUACGAGGUCACAUCUCCUCCUGUCCCACCUCCUGCUCAAACACCACCAAGUAGGAUCACACCCACCGAACCCAGGAGUUAUGGAUCCUAUGGAACACAGUCUGCAGUGAAUGCCACCACAGCGGAUCUGUUAAAGAAACAGGAGGAACUAGAAAGAAAAGCAAAGGAGCUGGAGAGAAGAGAGCGAGAACUGGACGCUCAUGCGCUCGGACCUGGAGCCUCUCGUCAAAAUAAUUGGCCCCCAUUGCCCUCUUUCUGUCCGGUGGGACCCUGUUUCUAUCAAGACAUUAAUGUGGAGAUUGGCCAAAGUUUCCAGCGCAUUGUCACCACGAUGUACUACUACUGGAUGUUCACAGCGUGCACUUUGUUAUUUAAUCUCAUCUCCUGUAUGGCUGUGUUCUUUGUGGAUGCCAGUAAUGGAGUGGGCUUUGGUCUUGCCAUCCUCUGGGUAAUCCUCUUCACCCCCUGCUCCUUCAUCUGUUGGUACAGACCUGUGUACAAAGCAUUUAGGAGUGACAGUUCUUUCAACUUCUUCAUAUUCUUUUUUGUCUUCUUCGCCCAGCUGGUGCUUUAUGUUAUUAUGACUAUUGGCAUCCCUGGCUGGGGCUACAGUGGUUGGAUCGUGAGUCUGGCUGCUCUUCGGACCAACAAAGCAGUGGGCGGGAUCAUGAUGUUGAACGCUGUGCUCUUCACCGCUCAGGCUGCGUUGGGAGUCGUGCUGCUCAAAAGGGUUCAUUCACUGUACAGGCAGACUACGGCGAGCUUCGAAAAGGCCCAGGCUGAGUUUGCCACCGGCGUGCUUUCCAAUCAGGCAGUGCGCCAGGCCGCCGCCAAUGCCACUGUAUCUGCGGCACAGGGAACGUUCACCGCGCCCCGGUAGACGGUUGGAUGAGAUCGAAGAUAACUCGAUCGAAAGGAUCGAAGACCCCACUUGCAUGCAGGUCAAGAUAAAUGGACUCAUAAUGAUAGUGGUUCAACAUUUAAUGUUUUUGUUUUCAUUAAAGUCUCACUGAGCAUAGGGCAUAAGUUUAUACAUGCAAGAAGGAAUGAAGUAUUUGUCGAAUUUGAGAUUAAGCUCUCUAAGAUCAUUUUUGACAAUGGAUGUUUUCAUGUAUCAAAAUAGAAAAGUACUUAACAAUACACAUUGUAAUUUUCUUUAACAUCUCUAAAGCUUGUAGAUUUCACUAAGAUGUGCCACCUUUUGCUUUUUCCUGACUUUGUUUAUUGUGUAUAAAAUGUAAAUGGCAAAAUAAAGAAAGUAUUUCAUUUACUUCUGAACUAAUGAAAUUAACUACUUGCCAAAAGCUUUUCUUAAUGUAAGAUACGAAUCCCAUAUCAUAUUACAGAAAUGUAUGAUUGUAAAGUGGGUGGAUUUCUUGCUUUAGAUUUAUUAAUAAAAGCGCAUGUUUUGAUGCAGCCUAUACUACUGUAUGUUUCUCUAUAGAGUAACAUGCGUGAUAGACAUUGUGCAUUGAAAAGCUUUGGGAUGAUUGACUAAAGUUGUUUCAACAGUUUUGUGUUGCUUUUGUGAUUUGUAUUUUUUGUUUGUUUUUCGUGAUUUCAAUCUAACAUUUUGUCUGACGCUAAAUUAUAUAUAUCUGAACAGAAGUAUUACUCUGCUGUUUUUAUUGUUGUGGUAUUGCUGCUCAAUGUUUAUGUCGUAAGUGCCACUGUGUUCUUUGUUUUUUAUUUUUAUUAAAGUUUAUGAAUAUGCAACUUAAAA